AUGACUUCUGAAACCAAACCAAACUCCGAUGAGAGAGCCCCUUUGUUACGAAAGACUCAACAUGAAGAUGAAGAUGUGGCCAGGACUGAGAAGUAUUCUGGAGCAUCGUUUUAUGGUUCUGUAUUCAAUUUGACAUGCACCGUUGUCGGGUCCGGAAUCAUGAGCCUGCCUGCAACCCUUAAACUGUUGGGACUCCUUCCGGGAAUCGUGUUGAUCAUCCUAGUUUCAUUCAUAAUUGAGGCAUCGGUUGAGUUGUUGUUGAGGUUCAGCAAGGAAGGGUCUGCAGUUUCCUACGGUGAUGUCAUGGCUCAUGCAUAUGGAUGGAUUGGGAAGAUUGUACUUCAGAUCACCAUUGUUAUUUACAGCAUUGGUACUCUCAUUGUGUAUAUGAUCAUAAUUGAGGAUGUGCUUUCUGGAUCAACUAGCUUCCAUGGUGUUCACCACCCCGGCAUUCUGGAAGGGUGGUUUGGAGAGCAUUGGUGGACUGGCCGCGCCUUCGUUCUUGUUGCUGUAACUAUCAUCAUAUUUAUUCCAUUGAUGUUCUUUGAGCGCAUCGAUUCGGCAAAAUAUAUCUCUCUUAUAUCAGUUGGAUUGGCUCUUCUGUUUCUUUUUGUUGUGGUUGGAGUCACAGUUUACAAAUUAGUGGAUGGAAGCAUAGAGAGCCCAAAAUGGUUUCCAAAUGUGACAGAUUCGGCAUCGUUCUUUAGGAUCUUCACUGCUGUCCCUGUGAUUGUUUUUGCUUACGUUUGCCACUAUAAUGUCCACACAAUACAGAAUGAGCUUGCAGAUUCUUCCCAAAUGAAAGCUGUGUUACGCAGUUCACUAUCUCUAUGUGCAGUUGUCUAUGUAAUGACAGGACUUUUCGGGUUCCUCCUUUUCGGUGAAUCAACCAUCUCCAACUUACUCUCCAACUUCGACACUGACCUUGGCAUUCCCUACAGCCGGCUGUUCAAUGACAUUAUUCGCAUUAGCUAUGCUGCGCAUGUCAUACUAGUUUUCCCCACCAUAUUCUUACCUCUGCGGCUCAACUUGGACGGUCUCCUUUUCCCCACUGCAAGACCUCUGACUUUAGACAAGAAGAGAUUUGUGUUGGGAAGUAUAGGCCUGGUGUUUAUUUCCCUUGUUGGUGCAAUAUUCAUACCCAACAUAUGGGUAGCUUUCGAGUUCUCUGGAGCAACCCUGGGAGGUUUACUUGCAUUUGUGUUUCCUGCUUCCAUUACUCUCAAGGACCCUCAUGGUAUAGCAACUACCAGGGACAAGAUUGUGUCAGUCUCCAUGAUCAUUCUUGCGGUAUUUGCAAACCUGAUGGCUAUAUAUAGCAAUCUGAGCUCUUUGUUGUCAUAA